AUGGUAUUAGAAAUGGAUGGAAGAUACGAUCACAUAAUUGUUGAUGCUUUGGAGUCAGUGGCUAAGGCGCUGCAUGGGAAACACAAUCGGGCCGAUGAUAAGUUAUGUUGCUUGAAGAAAUUUCAGAGGGAUAAUCCACUGAAAUUCAAGGGGAGAUAUGACCCAGAGGGUGCUCUUGCAUGGCUGAAAGAGAUUGAAAAGAUUUUCCGAGUGAUGGCCUGUAUUGAGGAGCAUAAGGCAUUGUUUGGUACUCACAUGUUGUCUGAGGAAUCAGAGGAUUGGUGGGAUAACACACAUCAGAGACUAGAGGUUAAUGGUACGGAGGUUGCCUGGGUUGUGUUCAGAGAACGGUUUCUAGAGAAGUACUUCCCUGAGGAUGUGCGUAGCAAGAAGGAGAUUGAAUUCCUUGAAUUGAAGCAAAUAAAUUCGACGGUUGCAGAGUAUGCUGCAAAGUUUGAUGAGCUAGUUAUUGGUUACCAGGAGAUUCGUCGCUUUUCUGUACUGGUGAAAAAGUGCAUAAUAUAUGACAAAGACAUCAUAGCCCAAUCUGGUCACUACAAGAGUAUUAUUGAAAAGAAAUGGAAGGGACCGUUUCGAGGAAAGGCGUAUGUGACUACUGUUGACAAAGGGAAACAAAAGACUACAUUUGAGAAUAAGCCAAGUGGGGGAGGAGCUUUUACUUUGGUCCAAUAUUAUAAGGGAUAUUGCAGCAUGUGCAGUGUAACAUCUGACCUUGUCAGCAGGCCAUAA